AUGGACAAAGACACCUUCAACCAGAUGAUGGUCCCCGGUGGCCUUUCAAAACAAAAGGUAUUCCUCACUCCUACGGUCCGACACGCGAUCCACACCGUCCGUCAACUUGGCGAGCGGUAUCUGUGGGUAGAUGCCAUAUGCCUUCCACCCGAUAAUAUCGAACAAGUAUCGCAACAGUUGCAGCUCAUGGGCUCAAUCUAUGCCUCCGCGAAACUCACAAUUGUUGCGCUGGAUGGUGAUGCAAACACCGGCUUCCAAGGUCUCAAGGGCGAAUCAUCACCUCGGAAACUAUCGAACCUGUUUCCCUGGAAGAAGGAUACGAAUCUUUUAUUGAGGGAUCAGCCUAAGCUGUCGGCCAUGGACGUGCAGGCAUCAGAAUACUUUACGAGGGGAUGGACAUAUCAAGAAUACAUGCUGUCUCAGAGACGAUUAAUCUUUGGCAAUCAACAGAUACAUUGGAAGUGUUCAUGUGCAGAUUGGCAUGAAGAUCUUCCUAAUCUACAGGAAGAACAAAGGGGAAAGUCUGUCCGGCCCAAGUCGUUAGGUUUUCCGAAUAUCAAAAGAGGCUUAUCCGAUAUCCGAGAAUUCGGGAUACUAAUCAACGAGUAUAAUGCUCGGGAGCUCAAGUAUCCUGAAGAUGCGUAUCCAGCGGCCGACGGUCUCCUGAACUAUCUCGGAAAACUAGCUUUUCCAGGUGGCUUCUUGUUUGGACUUCCCAGAAUCUACUUUGGCAUGGCAUUGAUGUGGUCCGUUGAAUUUGGAAUGGCCAAUCCCAAUAGGCCUCAAAGGCCUGGUCUGGUUCGAAGGAAACCCUCCAAAAGAAGCCAGUCCAUUCUACCAAACACACAUCUCCCUUCCUGGUCCUGGGUUGGCUGGAGUGGGUAUGGUGUUCACAUGCUCGACAGAGAGGCUCAGUUCCGAUGGGCAGACUUGUUGCUUUGCGAGAGCGGCUGGAACCCUGUUCAGCUCAUCAAGACUUCAAGUGUCACUAUUCCAAUCACCGAGUGGUUCAGCCACAGCUCCAAGGACUGGAAUAUCACUAAAGCUAUUACGAAUAGUGCUACAGUAUAUGAAGGGAACUCGGACAUUUCUUAUGAUGAAACGGUCUGGACUAGGCAGGAAUUUAACCCUGCCAGGCACGGGUCUAAAGCUAAAGACUUCCACCCACCUUUCGGAUUCAGUAGAAAGCACGUUUACGAGCAUGCCAAUCUCCCUGGUAAAUAUUUUUGGUGGCCUCUCCCACCAUCUAGCUCAUCAAACCGUCAGGUAGAUGAAGGUUUCAGUCAAAGUCCGCUCAUUUCCUGCCGAGCAAAGCGUGCUUGGUUUGGGGCCACUAGGGUCGUCCGCUAUAUUCGGGACGUCAACCUGGAUGCUCACCUUUGUUUGUUAGACAAGAACAAGAGACUUUGUGGCUGGCUCCAGCUACCCAAUAACGAUGACUUGGACAGAUUUCCCGAAUCCAUGAUCGGAGAGGGCAUGACAGAUCAUUCAGAUACAUUGGGCUUGAACGGGGUCUUUGUCAACCCACUACCUCAGCGGGAGGAAUCGCUGGAACUGGUGGCAAUUUGCCGAUGCAAGUUCCCUGACGUCGAAACGAUGGACGACGAAAUACAAUACAAGGAGUUCUACGGCGUACUGUGGAUAGAGUGGAAUGAUGGCAUUGCCUAUAGGAAGGGAUGUGGAUAUGUGAAGAAAGAGCUCUGGAAACAACAGGACCUCGAAGACGUUCAUUUGGUUCUUGGGUAA